AUGCAAAACUACGUUGAUUUUCGAAAAAGUAUUCAAGAUUUUCUUCGUUUGAACCCAUCACCAUCAUCAGCUGAUACAAUUACUUUUCUUGGACGACUGGAAAAUCAAGUAUUUAACAUUUGUUCGUCGUUGGAUUUAAAAAUAGGCGAACAAAAUAACGAUCUGAUCAAAGCACUCAAAGAACGUAUUGAUCUCGGUGACCAACUCAAUAUGACUAAAGAAGCAACAAAUAAAAUUAUUAAAUGUUACAAUCCCAGGAGAAUGAAUCCUAGCCUAGGAUCCGAUGAGUUCCGAUCGGUUCCUAUUGGAAUCUGA